AUGGCCAAGGCGCCAGCCGGUACCAGCAUUACUAACUGGGACGGCUCGGGCAAGAAUUGGUUCAAGAUAUUCAAUGACGGUCCGGCGGUUGCCUCCGGGGGUAAGACAACUCUCAACGUCCAGAUCCCAGGAUGCCUCGCAGAUGGCGAGUACUUCCUUCGCAUUGAGCACGUCGCUCUGCACAGCGCCAGCAGCCCCGGCGGUGCGCAGUUGUACAUCUCCUGCGCGCAACUUCGUGUCAGCGGUGGCACGGGUACAUAUAAGCCCAACCUUAUGUCAUUUCCCGGGGCAUACAGCCCAAACGAUCCCGGUUUAUUGGUCAACAUUUACUACCCAGUGCCUACCAAUUACAAGGCGCCUGGUGGUGCGCCUCUGGUUUGCUAG